AAAUAAGUACUUAUGUAUUGCAUUGUUGAAACACGCAAUGUAUAAUUGUUCCCUACAAGCAACAAGUAUAGUAAAAGAAUGAUUCUUUUCAUAUAUAGUAAGUUCGAGGUAUUCAUGUAAACAUUCUACGUGUCCUGUCAUGUGCUGACACGAAUGCAUUUAUAUGAAUGAAAUACGCAUGAGUUGUACGGUCGAAGAAUUUGAAGGAAAAGCAAAAAUGGAAGCGCACGAGGAAGAUGAUUUAGAAGAAAUAAAUUCAACCGUUUAUACUUUUCCGCCUAAUGUACAGAAUGUGAUCGAACAGGUUUUACCCAGUACGGAUCCAUUGGACCAACCAAACUUCAAUGUAGUAGAUUAUAUAAAUUCGUUAUUCCCAACGGAACAAUCAUUGUCUAAUAUAGAUGAUGUAGUAAAUAACAUGGAAUUAAAGAUACGUACUAUAGACAAAGAGAUUCGUUCAGUAGUACGUGGACAAACAAAUGUUGGCCAAGAUGGGAGGGCAGCAUUAGAAGAUGCACAGAAAGUAAUAAAACAAUUGUUUGUGCAUAUUAAAGACAUCAAGGAUAAAGCCGAACAGUCUGAGGAAGUAGUUAAAGAAAUAACAAGAGAUAUCAAGCAACUAGAUUUUGCUAAGAGAAAUCUUACUGCCUCUAUCACAGCUUUAAACCAUUUACAUAUGCUUGUGGAAGGUGUGGAUACUUUAAAAGUAUUAACUCAAAAGAAACAAUAUGGUGAAAUUGUUUUACCAUUACAAGCAGUGAUGGAAGUGAUGCAACAUUUUAAUAGCUACAUGGACAUACCACAAGUGAAACAAUUGUCUGAUGAAGUGCAUCAGAUACACGUUGAAUUAGCUCAACAGAUAACAGCUGAUUUUAAACAAGCAUUUUCUGGACAAAAUCCAAAGUACUUCAACCAGCUUACAGAGGGAUGUCUAGUAUUAUCUGUAUUAGAUCCUAAAGUUAAGAAGGAUCUGCUCACCUGGUUUGUUGGUAUUCAGUUACAAGAAUAUGCACAUUUGUUUGAAGAAAAUCAAGAUUUUGCGUGGCUAGACAAGAUAGAUCGACGCUAUGCAUGGAUAAAGAAGCAUUUAAUUGACUUUGAAUCAAAAUUUGCGACAAUUUUCCCACAGGAUUGGGAAAUAUCGGAACGAAUUGCCGUACAAUUUUGUCACGUUACGCGAGAAGAUCUUACAAAAUUAAUGCAUAAAAGGCGUUCAGAAAUAGAUGUUAAAUUAUUACUGUACGCGAUUCAAAGAACUAGUAACUUUGAAUCAUUGCUAGCAAAACGAUUUAGCGGUAUUACAUUGGAAAAUACAGAAACAGUAAAUAAAAAGAAUACGGCUAAUAUAGAGACGGUUGAUAACAAAGUUCCAGGCAAUCCAUUUGAAGAAAAUGAGGAGUCACAAACUGAACAACCAAAAACAUCGCCAUUUGCAAAUCUCAUAGGAAGAUGUUUCGAACCAUAUUUAAGUAUUUAUAUAGAAAGUUUAGAUCGCAAUUUAGCAGAUCUAAUGGAUAAAUUUGUGUCGGAUUCUAAGACACAACCACCUGGUGCUAAAGAUUUUGAAGGUGUCGAGGGUCCUAGUAGUGUUUUAUCGUCUUGUGCAGAUCUAUUUGUAUUUUACAAAAAAUGUAUGUUACAAUGUACGCAACUUAGUACAGGUUCAAUCAUGUUGAAUUUAGCUGAAACCUUUCAAAAGUACCUGCGCGAAUACGCCCUUAAGGUGUUGCAAAAUAAUUUACCAAAAAUCGGAGGAAGUGCUGGAAUUGCUACAAGCAUGAGUAGCAUAACGCGUGAUUUUCGAGAUCUUUCUACGUCAGGUUUCAUACAGAAUUUUCAAAGCUUUUUGAAAGAGGGUGAAAAUACUAAAUUUAGCAAAGAAGAACAAUCACGUAUAUGCUGCGUAUUAACAACAGCUGAAUAUUGUUUGGAAACUACGCAGCAGUUGGAAGAAAAACUUCGAGAAAGAACGGACAAAUGUUAUGCCGAAAAAAUUAAUUUAUCUCAGGAACAAGAUAUUUUUCACAACGUUAUAUCGAAUUGUAUACAACUGCUCGUUCAAGAUCUCGAAUCAGCAUGUGAUUCAGCACUAACUGCAAUGACGAAAGUUCAAUGGAGUAAUAUAGAAGUUGUUGGAGAUCAAAGUAACUAUGUAAACACUAUUGUGGCACAUCUACGACAAACAAUACCUACUAUCAGAGAUCGAUUAUUUUCGUGCAGGAAGUACUUCACGCAACUCUGUGUAAAAUUUGCAAGUUCUUUUAUAGUAAAAUUGGUACAACAGUUGUACAAAUGCAAACCCUUAAAUACAGUGGGUGCUGAACAGUUAUUAUUAGAUGUACACAUGUUGAAGACUGCUCUGUUAGACCUUCCAUCAACAGGAUAUCAAAUUCAGAGAAAAGCACCAGCAACUUAUACGAAGGUAUUUGUAUUAUCAUUAUUUACGCGAUACUGUAUUGACAUGCCUUUCUCUAUUAAAUUUAUAUAUUUUUAUCAUAAUCAGGUAGUAGUGAAAGGAAUGGCAACUGCCGAAAUGAUUCUUAAAAUUGUAAUGUCACCAAUUGAAUCUCCAAAAGAUUUCGUAAAACAAUGCAGAAUGCGUUUACCAGACCUACAAGCACCGGAAUUUCAAAAAAUUUUAGACAUGAAGGGUUUAAAGAAGACAGAACAAGUUCUACUACUAGAACAAUUCAAACAACCGGAAAAUACUGAUAUUUCUCAAGAUAAUAGGAGUCAUGUCACUCAAGAUACCCCGGAACACGAGGCUGGACGAAUAAAAAGAUUAGAAAAACUGAUAAAAAAAAGAAUAUAAACAUAUUUCAUAGUAAAUCAUUACAUUAUAAUGUACAUAUCUAAAUUAAAUAAUAGUUAUAUGCAUAUAAAUUUAAAAAAUUAAAAUUAUAUACCCUUUUUACUUCAUCACAAUAUGGUAAAAAUCAUUUUUGUACAGUUAAACUUGUUACCAUUUCCAUUAUCUAUGAAGUGAUAAACAACUAAAAUCUUGGA